UGCCGCUGGAGCGCUGGAACCCACUCGCGCCAAGGCAGCCGAGGAGGAGGCUCCUUUUCCAGGUGAGUCUGGAGCAAGGACGCGGGCGGAAGGCGUUAAAAUAGCAUUUCUUUGCGGGAGGACCUUGGAAAGCCUCGGCUGCGUUUGCCUCUUGUCAACCCAGCAUUCUGUCGGUAGACUUUGAAAACAAACUGAAAUAGAAACUUGAAAGAAAGAUGCCUGUGCCACCUCCGCCGCCGCCACCUCCCCUUCCACCAUCUCUUUCUGGAGGUCCACCACCACCCCCUCCUCUUCCACCAUCGGUUUCUGGAGGACCACCACCUCCUCCACCACCACCACCACCUCCUCUUCCAUCACCUUCUUCUGGAGGUCCACCACCUCCUCCUCCUCUUCCAUCGCCUUCUUCUGGAGGUACACCACCUCCUCCACCUCCUCUUCCAUCAACACCCUCUGGGGGGCCACCGCCACCACCCCUGCCUUCUCCAAGCUCUCUGGCCAAUUCAGAGCCACCCAAGGCAAGAAGGGAGGAUUCAAAAAGUCGGAGUGCUUUGCUCCACGAGAUCCAAAGAGGGACUCGACUGAGGAAAGUAACACAGGCCAAUGACCGAAGCGCACCACAGAUUGAAAAUGGUAGGAAAAGGACAAGCAGAGAUGGCGGAAGUUCACCAAGUGGCAGAAGUGACGUACCUCAGGGACUGGGGAACCUUUUUGCUGAAGGAUUUCCUGUUCUGAAACCAGUAGGACAAAGAGACCUAUCAGGUGGUAAAACUGGGAAGCCAUGUACCUUACGGAUGCCUCCAAAGUCUCCGGACUCACAGAACAAUGAGAAAGCCAAUGGGAACUUCCACAUUACACCUGAGAGCCCAAAACCAACAGACCAGCCAGAAACACCCAAGACUCAACCGCCUACGCCUACUCGUCCCAACAUCCCAGCUCCCCCUCCACCCCCACCAUUGCCGCCGUCUUCCUCCAGCAAACCUUCUCUUGUCUUCCCGCCGCCUCCACCUCUUCCCCCUCCUUUGGCUGAAAGUCCUGACAAACUCACCUCCCCAACCACAGCUGCUGGUGUUUCUCUUCCUCACAACGAGAAACUCCCUAAACCUCAGACCUCCCCUUUGAACAUGCCGCCACUUCCCCCACCACCUCCCUUACCUUUAACAUCACCUUGUGGGACCUCGGGCAGAACGAAUGAGGGUUCUUCUUCCCAGCCUGAUGUCAGAACCAAUCCACCUCUGAUGUCACCUCCUCCUCCCCCACCCCCUCCUCAUAUGUCCACUUUUUCCUCACCUAGAUCGUCUUUGUCAUCCCCAACAUCACCAUCCUCUAACAGUGCCUUGAGCGGCAGUGGUGAUAUUGCCCCUCCACUGCCCCCCAAGUCACUGUUCGUGCAGUCUCAAAUGGAGAAGGCUAACAUUCAGUCACUUCCUCUGUCUCCUGUUUCUUCGGCCACACAACAGACUGUAGUAAUACAGAGAAGGAGGCAAGGAAGAGGUGGAGGGAAGCUGAUGCCACCCCCGGUGCCUCCUGCAAGGUCUCCAACAACCGAGCUCUCAAGCAAGUGUCAGUAUGCUCAGGUGUCUCCAUGGUCGGUUGGCAAUGACCUUUACCCGUCGCUCAAGAAUGGAACUGUUGUACACAUAAUGGAUGACUUUGAGUCUAAAUUUACUUUUCAUUCCGUGGAAGAAUUCCCUCCGCCAGAUGAGUUUAAGCCAUGUUUGAAGAUAUAUCCUAGCCAAGAAGCUAGAGAUAGUGCCAACAACCCUCCCUUAAGAGCGCAAGUGAGAUGAGAAGGGCCAAGUAACAGGAGGAUGGCUGGAAAGAUCAACAGGAGCAUUGCAAAAUGUAGAAACUUGUUUUUGGCAGCCAAAUAAUACAGGCAACUGAAACUCAUGCUGUACUGAAGACUGUCAAAGGCUGGGAAAUGAGAGAUGGGAUUUGAAAUGGCAAUGAGUUAACUGUUGGUGGUUGAAACAGAGUGUAAUAUAUUUCUAAAUGCUUUCAAAUUGUUCUGAGUUUAUUUUAAGUUAUGUGAAGUACUCAGUAUAAUGUAUGUGGUUCAAGUACACACAUAUAGGGCAUAUUUUAUUUGGGCAUAAUUGUUCAAUAUGCAGUGGAUUGCAGAAGAAGAAAAUGUCCAAAGUUCCUUCUUGUUCCAACUGCUUUAUUUUAGUUUAACUCAGCCAUGUAAACACAGCUUUUAAACAGCAUAUUGUGUUGAAAUAUAUUCCGGAUUUGUGUUUUCCCUUUUAAGAAAACUUCAUAGUGUUAUCUCUUAUACACUUCUUUCUAGCCUCCAAUGUAGUUUCCCUAAAGUGGCUUUCCAGUUAUUGCAGUUGUACAGUUUUCCAGUGGAAUAUGACAUGUACACAUAGAUGUAUAUGUGAGUGCAAAAAUACCCAGCAGUAUUCUCCUCAGGGAACUUUAUCACCCAUUAUAUGUAUUUCCCAGACUACCUUAAGAGAAACCAUCUUGAUAUCUUUAAUGCCAGAUUCAGAUGCAUCCACCCUUUGAAUUAGGUGAAGGACAACUUCCAAGUUCAAUUGACCACUGAAAUAAAGCAGAGGGGGAUUAACACAGUGCAUAUUGAUAUGGAAGCCUGCCAUCUGCAAAUGGAGGCCCUAUCGCUACAAAACUGUAUCUGCGGAUAUUCUGGUAUAAUAUAUUUAAGAUGCUUCAGAAGACAAGGUAGUAUGUGAAACCACAUGCUCCAGAGCCAAUCUUAAGGUCCAAACUCAGUUAUAUGGCAUGUGUACCUCUAAAAGUUUCUAAUGUUUUUUUGCUCUAAAUGGAGUAAGGAUUGGACAACUUCAGCAAGACCCAUUUUCCAUCCCUGGAAGAGGUACUGUGAUACACCCCCUUCUGAUUUAUUGAAAAUGUAUAUUUGAAUAAAACAAGCCAGAUGUUUGUGUGCCUUGUUUUAAAGGUGAAGCGGGCUUCUAGGGUGCAAAUAACAAGUAAAUAGAGAUUUCAUCUGGAGUGUGCAAAACAAGCAGGGGUUGUGUUGCCCAGCUGUGACGUAGUGUCAUUUUGAAUGUUAGUAAAGGUAAAGGGUUUCCCUUGACAUUAAGUCCAGUCAUGUCUGACUCUGGGGGGUGGUGUUCAUCUCCAUUUCUAAGCCGAAGAGCUGGUCAUGUGGCCAGUAUGACUGCAUGGGGAGCAGUUAUCUUCCCACAGAAGCGGUACCUAUUGAUCUACUCAUAUUUGCUUAUUUUUGAACUUCAAGGUUGGCAGAAGCUGGGCCUAACCGUAGGAACUCACCUUGCUCCUCUUAUUUGAACCGCCAACUUUUUGGCCAGCAAGUUCAGCAGCUCAGCAGUUUAACCCACUGCGCCACCAGGUUUUUGAGUGUUAAAACAUGAUUAAUUACCUAGAAAAGAACAUUAACAUAUAUGCUUUUGCGCGCACACACACAAAUUUCUUCCCUUGCAGUUUCCUAUGAUUGAUUUUUAUUAAAAUAAACAUAUAGUGUUUAUUGCACGUGUCUGCUAAGUGUGACACUUACCUUUAAGAUUGGGAUAUCAGCACGUUUUCUUUACACUGCAGUUCUUCGCUCUUUGUUUAAAGAACAAAGGGAAAUAUAGAGGAUUUCUGUCUCUUAUCCAUUUUGCGUAUGCCAAUUUUACAUAUGUCAAUGGGGGGUGGGGUAUACAACAAUGCAGAAUUCACUUUAGCUAGCAUCAGAAGCAAAGUUGCUCUUGUAGUGGUUAAUAUGGCAUCAUCAGAUCAGUUCGAACAACUCCUGUUCAAGGGAUUAUCAUCACUGACUAUUGGGGUCAUGGGAUUUCUUUGUUUUGCUUUGUUCUGACAGGGAGAAAGAAAGAAAAUCAAUCUGAGAAUCACUUAGGGAAAUGCUGUGGACAUUCUUUCUUGUGGUCUGAUACUUAAAAGCUAAGAGAAA